CAGUUGUUUGCUGAAAGAAGAAACAGGAGCUUAGAGGAGUUUACCGUAUAAACCGGUACAGCGCUUUUAUUAUAUCUUAUUACAGCUUAGCUGUCAUAAAUAAACUACUUACUGUUUUUAUUAACUGGUAAAAUUGGUUUUUAAACCGGAGGCUUAUUCGUUAUGUGGGUUAGUAGAGCUACUGUUAGUUAGCUAAACGGUAGCUAAGCUAGUAGCUGCAGUCAGUUAGUUAGCUUGUUUUUGCUUAGCUGCGCUAUUCUGUCUGCGUUAAAUAUUAAAAUAAUAUUAUUUUUAGCAAGAUAUCAUCUCUUAAAUCUUUUAAUUUUGUAACCUUUAAAUGUUCAGAUCAACAAAGGACUAACAGUCGUUUUAUUUGGACUCUUGCAUACAAAUAUGUUUUUUAUAACAAAAUAAAAUAAUGUUUUCACUAACAAGUUAAAUGUAAAACAUAUGCUAACCAGUUAGCUUAAUACUAUUUUGUGUAUUUUUUUUUUGUAUAUGAAAUGACGCCUGUGUUUUCUGUAAAGGAGCCACAAAGUCCAUUGAACACUUAUUUUUAUUGUGUAGUUUCUUGCUCUUUUUGGACUGAUCUUUUGUUUGUUUGUUUUACACGCGAAAAGAAGGUUGGAUGGAUCCACAAAUUGGAGAGGGUGCUCCCUCAAACACUGACCCUGUUACAGCAGGGAAUGACCACCCUCCAUCCUCUGUGUCAGAGGGGGUCACGCCCAUACAUUUAUUAAGGAUGAAGGAUAUUAUGGGAAACCAGUGUUUUGAGAUGAAUAUUAAGGUCAAUAUGGGAAAACUUCAAAGAUCAUGUGACUCGUUUGACGCUGAAUCAGAUCUGUCCAAAUGUGAAAAUGCUAUAGAACAGGCACGAGUCUCUCAGUUUAACAAAACUCUGGCACUAAACAGAAUGCAGGUUUGGAACGCUGUUAUUGAGAAGAUACUCCAGAACAAUGCUGAUGAUCUAUCACUGAAGGCAAUAGUUGAUGAAAAUGCAGAUCUCUCUGAAAAGACAAUGAAACUCGUAAAGGAAACACGUGAACUUCAGGACCAAAUUACAGACAUUCAAAAGGAGAGACUUGAGAUGAAAGGGCUUAUUAAGAAGAAGAUGCAAGAAAUCACAGAGCUGAAGAAGAUGGGGGAGAAUCAGGGACAGGCACAGAAACAGGCUGUGGAGCGAGCCGAGAACAUCCUGCAGAAAUACCGCAAGAUCGCCACCAUCUCCCAAAACGUCCUUCGGGGCAUCAUCCUCGCCACCAAGGUGAACUGGAUCAAUGAUCCUAAACUGAAGGACGUCAUCGUGGGGCUGGAAAACAUUCCGGACUGAAGAGGAGGACACAUUCAAUCUCAACAAGAUCAGCAACUCGCUGGGUGUUUUUGUAAUAUAGACAGUGUAAAUAUUGGCUUCUUUUUUUUUACCACAGCCCAAAAGAAAUGCAAUUUUUAUCAAAUAAAAAACAGCAGCUUUAGUUAUUAGCCUCAAGUAAACCCACAGCUGACUGAUCUCUAAUCAGUGCCCUUUUAUCAUUAUUAACCUUGAGAGAUUGGUAGAAAUGAAAUUUAAGGCAAAUGUAUAGCAAAGAGAAUUUUAUGUACAGUAAAUAUUCAAUGUUUUUUUUUUGUGCUAACAAAGAAAAUAGGAAAAAAAAAUCAUGUAUAAUUGUUUUUGUACAGCUUAUAAAUGUGUUAAUCUGCA